AUGCCACAAUACUCCCCAUAUGCUAGUACUUUUGCUCCAGUAUACCGUUAUCAAUCAAGACAACAACCAAAAUCACAACAAACACCACAACAUACCCCACAACAACAACUAAAACCAACAUUCACUUCACAAUUUAUUGAAGGACCUUCAAUUGAAGAAUAUGAUGAAGAACUUGGUGCACCAACACAAUCAUAUGAGGGAAUGGUUGAGGGGUCAUCAAUAGAAGAAUUUGAUGAAGAACUUGGUGAGUGGGUAACAAUAUACACCUCACCUGCAACUUUCGCACACUAUACACCACAACCAACAUCAAACUACCCAACCUUCUAUGCACCAGGAUCAAUAUUCGAUUCUACAGGUGCAUCAACAUAA